CUGUCUUGCCAUGGAAAAACAGUAAUAUUCCAGCCGUUGAACUAUUCACAACUGUAGUAAAACACAAAAUAAAUUAAUUUCAACAAUGAAGACCUGCACUACAAUUGCACUCGUUUCAUUCGCUGUUGUGGCAGCGCUGGUUGCCACCAGCAUGGCCACCAACAGCACUUGGGGACAACGCGGCUACUACGAUCGCUUACUCUUCAGCACACAGGUGGUGAGAGCAUCCGAAUUUAUGCGCAAGUUCUCUGUGGAUGUGGAAUACCCAGCAAAGUAUGCCUACAAUCCCUACACCAUUAGCCAGGUGGUUGCCAUCGAUCACAAGCGUAAGGAUGGCGGUUAUGCGCAGCUACGCAAAGGUGGUCCCGGUUACCGUAAUGUAACUCUACACAUCAAAUCCGAACGUAAUCAUGGACUAAACUAUACGAUUCAGAUCUAUGGCAACUAAGUAACUGUGUAGUUAUUGUGAAUGCGGGAAAUUGACGAAUAAAUAUGAGAAGAAAAAAUAUCAAUAAAAGUAACAUUUUACUAAACAAAAACUUAAAUACGAAAACAGUUCUGUGAUCAUAUACAUAACCUAGAUGCUAUUGCUUACACAGUCGAUUAUAUAAGCGAAAAUUAAAAUAAACAAAAAUUCUGAAAAUGAAAAUAUUUAUUUUGCGUCUGAACGUGACAUUUUUCUAAC